CGGCCCCAGCGCCGCUGACCCUGUCCGCCGCGGGCGGGGACGCGGGCGGAGGAGGCGCCGCCGCGGAGCCCCCGGACGCGACCAUGUCGGAGGUGCUGCCCUACGGCGACGAGAAGCUGAGCCCCUACGGCGACGGCGGCGACGUGGGCCAGAUCUUCUCCUGCCGCCUGCAGGACACCAACAACUUCUUCGGCGCCGGGCAGAACAAGCGGCCGCCCAAGCUGGGCCAGAUCGGCCGGAGCAAGCGGGUUGUUAUUGAAGAUGAUAGAAUUGAUGACGUGCUGAAAAAUAUGACAGACAAGGCACCUCCUGGUGUCUAACUCCCCCAAAGACAAUGAGUUAAGGGAGAGUAAGACCGGCGGUAACAGUUAUUGGCAAAAAGAGCAUGAAAAGAGAAAGCACUUUGAAAUCUAUUACUAGCUUGCUACCUACGAUGAAAUCAACAACCUGUAUCUCAUGUCAGGCCGGGAGACAGACGAGGCGUGAGAAGGAAGAGGAGGAGGAGGAGGAGGAAGAGGAGGAGGAGGAGAAGGCUCUGGGCUCCUCAGCAAAAAUAAAAAUAAAAAAAAAAUUUUAAAAAUUUAAAAAUCACUAUAUACACACAUAUAAAGAAAUAAAAAGUCUCAGUUGCAGCUAUUUGUCAAAAUUAAUAUCCAUUUCUUUUUAUAUACAGUGAAUAUUGCGCAAUUAUAGAUCUGGAUUUUUGAACCACUUAAAUAAUGAAGCGGCAACACCGGGUGUUUUGAGGUGUUGGCAUUCUUCGCUGAUUUGGCUGUUCCCAAUGUUUACAUUAUUUAAUCUUGCAAAAAUGGUUCUGUGCACUUGGAUGUGAAAUGCUGUCCGGUUUUAUUUUUUUAUGUUGUUAUCCUUGGAUGUACAAAAAAAAAAAAUCAGCAAAUGAUCUCUAUAGAUAUUGUUUUAUUUUGGUCCUCUUUUGAAGUUAUCGGGAAUGUGUUUAAAACAAGCAGAGAACUUUUCUAAGGAAUGAUACAAAGGAAGAAUCCCUGUUUUACUUUAAAAUGACUUGUAAAGCUUGUGUUUCUUUGUUGCUGCAAGCUAUUUGCCCAAGUUAAUGCAAAUGGACACAUUUUAUAUGUCAGGAAAAAAAACCCCACAAAAACAAAGAAAAAAAUGCUUGAGCUUUUUCUAACCUCUUUCCUGCAGUCUGUUGUGUGAGCAGCCUGUUUUUUUCUCUAAUAUUGUGUCAGUUUAUUCUCUUUAAUGGGCUGUAAAAAAAUGUAAUCACAAGAGUGCCAAAUAUCUUGAAAUGCCAAAAGGCAUUUUGGUUUCUUUUCUUUUUCCCUGUGCUCUGAGUCCACGUAAAGGAAUGCUUGGAGUGUCUUUUCUGUUAUUUAUAGGGGUUCUCUUAAGGCACACCAGCUGCCUGUUUUGCAUGGUAUUUGCAAAAACGCCUCUUGCGUGAGGAAAUCUUUUACCAUUUUUUUGUUUGCAACUUUGGACCUCAAGAGGUUUCUUCCCUACCCUGUUCCCUCUUUUCUUAAUUCGAUAUUCUGGAUGUUGCACCUUUAACCAGCACACAGGGCUAUUUCUCCAAUGUACAAUAAAAGAAUAUUCCUGUGUCUCA